ACACACACACACGACAGUUGUCAUGGCGAUGGAGUCGGCCCCGGCGUCGGCUCCGGGGGCUGUUGCCAUGGAGAUGCCCGCGCGAGGUGCGCUCCCGGUGGUGGAGGAGGACGAGGACACGGGCGCUCCGGGGUCCGAGGAGAGGCUACAGCACCGCCGCAGAGGAGGCAGGCAGCGACGCGGGCUGCCGUUCAACCGGAGCGGCUACUACACGCUGAUAGUGAUCGGGCAGAUCGGCACGGAGCAGCAGCUGGACGCCGCCAGAGCGCAGAUAGAGCGGGGAAUUCGAUCCUGGGACGUCAAUUUGAAGUGCUGCGACCUUGACCAGCAGCUGCCGCUGUUUAUAACUCGCCACUCGGCCCAUUUUUCCUCCAAGGUCAGAGGAGAGCGGACUCUGCACCAUAAAAGUGAUGUCCUAGAGAUCGUGGUGCUUGUGAACCCGUCAGACGACACUGUUGUAUCAGAGAUCAAGUCUCUCGUGACAGAUUCUGCAGGACACAAGCUGCUGGUCUUGAGCGGCCAGAGCUCGGAUCACGGUGGCCUUCUUCUCCAGACCGGAGUUUUCACCCAUCAGACCUUUUCACAGAUCUUUGCUGAUCCUUCAGUCAGUGAAUUGCUGGGAACAGCAGCCCCCAAGCAGCAGGCAACACUCACCGUGUCCUGCCGUGGGGAGGUGGGCUGGAGCUCCGUGGGACAGCAGCAGACCCUGCGGGAGUUCCUGGAGUACAAGCUAAACCCAGAGCUUGUUCUCCCCAAGAUGGAGGGUGUCACAGAGUUCACAGAGUAUGUCUCUGAAACUGUAGAUGUCCCCUCGCCUUUCGACCUGCUAGAGCCCCCCACCUCCGGAGGCUUCCUGAAACUGUCGAAGCCAUGUUGCUACAUCUUUCCCGGAGGACGGGGAGACUCGGCGCUCUUUGCUGUGAACGGCUUCAACAUCCUAGUGGACGGAGGCUCUGAAAGGAAAUCCUGCUUCUGGAAACUGGUCCGUCACCUGGACCGCAUCGACUCGAUUCUGCUCACUCACAUCGGCGCCGACAACCUCCCGGGUAUCAAUGGGCUUCUUCAGAGAAAGAUCGCAGAACAGGAGGAGGAGCAGUCACAAGGCUCCACAAACUACAGCGACUGGAUGAAAAACCUGAUUUCUCCAGAGCUUGGUGUAGUCUUCUUCAACGUGCCAGAGAAGCUCCGUUUACCAGAGUCUAAUCUCAAAGUGAAACGCAGCAUCGAAGAGGCCUCGCUUACUCUGCAGUACCUUAGUAAACUAGGAAUCAAGCCAGAGCCCCUGUAUCGAGUGGUCAGCAACACCAUCGAGCCCAUUACACUUUUUCAUAAGAUGGGAGUUGGGAGGUUAGAUAUGUAUAUUCUUAACCCAGUAAAAGAUAGCAAAGAGAUGCAAUUUUUAAUGCAGAAGUGGGCUGGCAAUAGCAAGGCCAAAACUGGCAUUGUGCUGCCCAGUGGGAAGGAAGGAGAAAUAUCUGUGCCCUACCUGACAUCAGUUACAGCCUUAGUUGUGUGGCUACCUGCCAGCCCUACAGAAAAGAUCAUCAGAGUGUUGUUCCCUGGGAAUGCACCACAAAACAAGAUCUUAGAGGGGCUGGAAAAACUAAAACAUCUCGACUACUUGAGGUAUCCUGUAGCCACGCAAAAGGACAUUGCUUCAGGAGCUCCUCCAUCGGUUAUUAAACAAACAAAGUUAAAACAAAGAACAGAUAGCAAAGAAAGUCUCAAAUCUUCCCCUAAGACCACAGCAAAGACCUCAAAGAAAGAAACUGAUGGACAGGAUGAUGUGUCAAAUGCAACAGAAGCAAAAAGUGACUCUGUAAAGGAAAAUAUUGUAGAGAAAAAAGAGGAAAAGAAGCCAACCAAAACAAUAAAAUCUAAAACUGAAGUGCCAGAAAAGAAAAAACUGAAAGAGAAAACUGUGAAAAAGCAUUCAAAGGAAAGGGCGUCAAAGAUGGAUGAGAAGAAAGACAAAGAGAAGAAAGAGAUAAAGAAAAUAAAGAAAGAUGAUUCUGGCAAAAAAGAUGACAAGAAAGAGGCCAAGUCCAAAGAGGACAAGAAGAAGGAUGGAUCCAAACUUGAGCUGAGAAAAAUCACCAAACCUGACCUGAAACCUCUCACACCCGAAGUCAGAAAGACCUUACAUAAAGCGAAAGCGUCAAGUAAAACCAAGACAAUAAAAAGCAAAGCCACAAAGGCUGAACCUGCUGAGCCCAAAGCAGACGGAGUAAAGCCUGUGGUUGUUAAACCCGAACCCAGUGAGAAAAAAGCUGCUGUUGGGGGUACAACAGCUGUAUCCACACCUGAAGACCUCAGCAAGGAUUUCGAAGAACUGAAAAAAGAUGAAGGAAAAGCUGUAUCAGCAGAGCUACCUGUGAGUGAUAAGGUUUCCCCUGGGCCAAUAGCAGAAAGUCUAAUCCAAGAGAAGGCCAAAGCGCCAGAUGCAGUUUCAGAAAUCCCACAGAAACCAAAGUCCCCUGAAAAGGCAGCGUCAGCUCCAGAUGCAGAAGCAAAAGCUGAAGGGAAAGACAAAGAGUCAGCUCAAGAGAAAGAACUAGAAGAAGCGCAAAUAUUUGAGGAUGAGGGAGCUGCAUCUCAGGAUGAGGAAGAGUUGGAGGAAGAGUCCCCCGCUGCAGAAAAGAAAGCCCUGGAGGAAGAAGAGGAGGAGGACAUGGGAAUAGGUGUGGAUGAAGAUGAAUCUAAGUGGACAGAGGCAAAGGACGAUGGACUUGACAGGAAACACGAGACAGAAGAAAUGGAGAAAUCAGAAUAUUUGUCCAACAAAGCUUUGACAGCACAGCAGUUCCAAACGACUCCAUCCAGGAAAGAAGAGGAGGAAAAAGAAGCAGGGAUGGAGGAGGAAGAAGAAGAGGGGCUGGAGAAACCUGAACUGGAAGAGGUAGAGGACUUAGACGUGAUAGCAGAUGAAGAGAUCAAAGUCAAGCCUGAAGAUGAGGCCGAAAACAAAACAGGUGAGAUUCCCUCUGCGGUGCCUAUGGAAGGAGCCGCUGCAGCUGAACCCGUCUUCUACAUCCAGGACGAGAUGAUCCCUGGCUACUCUGAGACAGAGCAGACCAUCUCUGAUGAGGAGAUCCACGAGGAGGCAGAAGAGAGAAUCCCUCACCUCCAGUAUGACGUUGGUGUCUACGAUAUCUCUGUUCCAGAUCAGACGGAUUCCUUUGUGGACAUUCAUGGAAUGCGAGAGAUGCAGGCAGCUGCCAUGGUAGAGAAAGGUUUCAUUCCAGGUGUGCAGGAGCAAGUCUCUGUUUUCACCAACAUCAUCACUGCUCCCCUUGCAGAGGAGGAGCAUGUGUCCUCUGCAACGUCCAUCACAGAAUAUGACAAAAUGUCCUCCUUUCCUACAUCUAUUGCGGACGAUCAAUCAGUGGCAUCUGUUGUCGCACCCCAUGCUGAGGAAAUGCUCAAGACCCCGGCUUCUUCUUCAACGGCAGUAAGCACAUGCCAAGGCAAAGAGCAGCCACCCUCUGCAGGAAGUCUGUCACCACCUUCCUUAGAAGAGGACAAACUGUCCAAGUCUCCGUCUAAUGAUUUACAGCUCCCUAUUGCAGAGGACAAGAUGGUAACUGAAGCUCCUGACAAGACAGAAGAGGAGGAGGAAGAAGAUGACGAAGAGGAAGAAGAAGACCAAACCCCUAACGUUGACAUUUCUCUUGAAAAACUUCAAGAGGGUUAUGCUGCAUCUCAAAUACUGCAGAGCAAAAAAACAGACAACGAGGAGGUUUCUGGCAGUAGAUCUCCAGAAAAGACUCGCCAUGACAUCAAACCAGACCAUCUACCAGUGGAGGAGGAAAACAUCGAUGCAGUAGCUCCUAAAGACAUUUCCUCUGUUGUGCCUACAAGACCCUUUGGAUCUGACUCAGUAACCUCAGAGAGCGAAGAGCGCUGCUUCAGUCCGGAUGACAUCACUGUGAAAAUGGCGUCUCCUCCACAGUCCGGACCCUCGAGUGCUGCUCAAUCUCCAAUUCAUCAGUCUCCAGUAGAAACCAAGACAACUGUUUUCCUGGAUUCUGAGUUGCUUAAGGAGGAGGCACUUUCUGAAGAAGUCACCACAAAGGACAGCCAAACCAAAAUGAAGGAUGACCAGGAAAGUGAAAAGCAGAAAGAAGUAGAGAGACAGAAAGUAGGCCAGUUUGAAGAAAUGUCUGGAAGAUCUGAGGAUGAAUCAUUUGAAAGGGACAUUAAAGAGGCUGUAGUGGUAAAAGAGACAGAAAAAGAUGUUACGUCAGUGCCAAAAGUAGAAGGAAAACAGGCAGAAUUAAUGUCUGCAGUUGCAUCGUCUUUAACAGAAACUAAACUACCUGUUGGGGCCAAAGAGGAUUCCCUCCCAUCAUCUGACAAAGAGGAUCCUUUCAGCCGUGCCGGAGAGGAGGAACCUAAAGUGCCUGGGUCAAGUAAAUUCCCAGAGGAGAAAAGUAGUUCCUUAGCUCACGAUAAAAAAGAUGAUGAUGACAAUGAUGAUGAUGAUGACAAUAAAUGUGCUAUUAAAGUCACCAGUGUUGUGCAUGAAAAAGAUACGGAUGAGAUCCCCGGUCGCAAAGAACCCAAGGAAGAAGAAAAUCAGAAAUCUGUCAUUCAGGAAUCGGUUUCAACCGUGACGUCCGUCAUGGAUGAGAAGGCAGAGAAAAUAUCCACAAAGGAGGAUAUUUAUGACACUACACCUACUAAAGAAGGAGCAAAGGAUACUGGAGCUAUUGAGGAAGCUAUUAAAUAUGAUCACAAAGAGACAGAAAAAGAUAAGACCAAAACCAAUGAGCCAGUACAGAAAGAAGCUGUGCCUUCUGAGGGCAAACAAGUCAAAGAUGAACAGACAGAGGAAGAUGGAAAACAACAGCAUAAACUUGACCUCAAAAUUGGUGGUGACUUAAAGGAAAUAGAGGUGGAAAAGGGUGAUAUUUCUGAUGCAGAGAUUUUAAAAGAUAAUGAGAAGAAAGAGAUGGAUACUUUUCAUAUUAAGACCCAUGAAAAAGAUGUUGAAAAGGUUCAGCCAUCAGAUAUCAGUGAUGUUAAGGAAGAGAGCCAGGGGGAGGGAAAGACAGAUGAUGUGCUAUUUUCUGAGUCUUCCAAAGAAGAGACGAAAAAGGAGAAAGACUCAGACAUCAAACUACAAGAAGAGCAGGAGGAGGAAAAAGAAGUGGUAAAACAAGAUGUGUCACCCACUAAGCCCCUUACAGAUCAAGGAGAAGAAGAGACGAAAAAAGAUGAAGAAAUUAGUGAUGCACACAAAGCCCCUUUUACCAAGAAAGAAGAUGAUGAGCAAGAAAUUAGUACAGAUGCAAUCUUGACAUUCAGCCACACCCAAGUAGAGAAAGACAUAACAGUGAGUCAAGAGAUCACUGCAGACAGGUCAGCAACUGAACAGGAAGAGAAAAUCUCAAAGAAGGAAAAUAUUCCAUGCUCUGAGCCUUGCCAGGAAGAAAAUAAGGAUCUAACUACACUCAAAGAUGAUGCAUCCCUAUUUAAACCUACGGUAGAAGAAGACAAUAAGCAGGCCAUGAAGAUAGAAGAUACUAUGGCUGUUCAGUCCAGUACGUUUGAGGAAAAGGAACCAAGUAAGGAAACUCCUGUCGGUAAGCCAACAACUGAAGAAAAAAGAGAGCACAAAGAAAGUAAAGACACUGAAGAUGCAGUCAAAGUUACCAAAAUGGACAAAGUGCCUAAAAAUAUAGGUAAAGAUGCUGAAUCCUCCACUACAACAACAAGCAAAGAAGCAAAAGAGACGCUUCAACCUGAAAGACCCAUCACAGGAGAAGAGCAGCAGCAGAAAGCACAUGAAAAUGUCACAUCUGCUGUCAAAGCACCUCCAAUAGUAGAAGACGACGCAAUAAUAAGUGAGCAUGUACCAGAUGUCAAAACAAUCAAAGAUGAAGCAACCCCAAAGGACGUUGGUAAUGAGGCUACUCCCACGAUACGAGAUGAACAAGACAAAGAAGUCAGUAAAGAUCUUUGUGGAGUUGACAGAACAGCAGAGGGAGCAAAAGAGACAGUAGCAGAGAAAGAGGAGGCAAUCCCUAUCAAACUGUCCAAAGAAGAACAAGCGACAGCUCACGAUCAUGGUGUAGAUAUCCUGCACUCCAAGGAGGAGAAAGAUACAGCUACGGACACAAUUUCUGACAUGAAACCCAGCAAAGAGCAGGAAACUGAAAAAACGGCAGAGGCAGAGGAGCAGAAGAAGGUUGAAACCAAGGAUGGUGCAUCAGAUUUAAAACUGGACAAAGAGGAGACAAAUAAGACGAUGAUAGAAGAACCUGAUGUUGAAGUAGUUAAGGUUAAGAAAGAGGAUGAAAAGAUUGAUGUUAUUGAAUGUGUUACUGAUAAAAAGGAGAAAGAAAAGGACGCUGCUGAAAUUUCUAAGGAUGGAAAGGUGGAGGAUAAAGGAGAUGUUUCUGUGAAACAACCCCAGGAGGACGUUACUGACCAAAAACUCAUGUCAGAACAAAUGAAGGACACCACUGAACCACUCUCUGACACAAAAGACAAGGAGUCAUCUAAGGUUGAAGCUCUUAAAGAAGAAAAAGGUGAAAUGAAGCAGGAGAGUCAGGUCAUCAAGGAGACGCACAUUCCAACAACUAGCAUCACAGAGGAGAACGAUAAGUAUCCCAUUCUGUCAGAAUCCAAGAUGGAUGAUAAAAAAGAAACAAGUGUUGGUGAUGAAAAUGCACUUGAAGAAGGUUCUGAUAAACUGUCUGGAAUCCAUCCAGGGAAGGAAACUUUCUCAGAAGGAACACAACAGGGAUUUGUGCUGAAAGAUGACAUUGGUAUGUCUUUCCGAGAAAUCCAAGGGGAGCCACAAGAACAAGAGGAAGAAUUGAAGGUCAUUAGUUCAGAAGAGAGGAUGGAGAGAGAAAAAGACGAUGCGCAUGUUGCCGAGCUGAGCAAAGAACAGAAAAUGGAGAAAGAGCAAGAGAAGGACUACACUUAUGAGACCGAGGACAUUAAGGAAGAAAAACCAAAACCAGCUGAAGAUGUGAAGAUGGUUCAAGAAAAGGAUGCUGUAUGCAUAAAAGUCGAUGUCACAGAGAAAGCAAAGCCCGACUACAUUGAAGCAGAUCAAACUAAAGAGGAAAAAUGGGAGAAAGAGGAAGUGCAGGAGAAAGACCAGGACAAAGGCAUCAAACAACCUUCUCAGGAAAUAUCAGGAGAAGCAAUGUUGACCCCCAAGUCAGAUCACAAACCUGCAUUUGUGGUCCAGUCAUCAGAUGAAGACAGAGAGGAUGAAGAAGAGGAGGACAUCUGCAUGGGAGGAGCGGGUUCCCGACCUUUGUCAGUAGAGUCAAGAAAAUCUGACCAUGAUAUUUCCUCUGUGUGUGUGACUCUAACGCAGACUCCCCAAACAAGUGACCAAACUACGCCUGCUGCAUUUCAGCUUCCCGCGGUGAUCAUACCCACUCUGACGAUGCAGGAACCCUCCCUGGAUGAGGACAUCAAAGACUCUGGAAAAGAAGAAAGCAGACUUGCACCUGAAGUUGACAAAGAUGUUGUGAAAACAGAAACCACAGCUGCUCCACUCGCCAAGCCGGAGUCGACUCUUGAUAUUGUUACAUCAAAGGAGGAGGAAGCAGUUUGCAGUAGUGCAGCUGUCAAAGCAGAACCGGCAUCACAAGCCACUGAGACAAAGCCCAUGUUGUCAACAGUAUCUAGUACCGACAGCCAACCAAGGAGCAGCACACUUUCGAGCACAGAGAGCCAGUCCAGUGUGGACGAAACAUUCCAACAAGAGAAACGCAUACCGUCUGAGCUGAGCUCAAGUAUAUGUGGCUCAGAAAAGAACAGGCCAGAUGAGAAACAAGCAAAAGAAGCAGAACGGGAGAUGGAAGGAGAAAGGGAGGUGGUAUCUCCAGGACUGUCACAACCCUGUUCAUAUUUCCUGAUUGAUAAAGAAUCUGAAUAUGCUAGAGACACCACCAGCAGUGUAAAAACAGAUUCAAGUGAAAAAAUGAGCUUAAAAACAGAGAUUAUAAGUGAAAGCCUCGGAGAUGAGACAGAAACUUUUGGUGCAUCUAAGUAUGAUCCAGAUGAAAAGCCCAUCCCUAAAGGCCAAGAUCCAGAGAGAAGAGAAGAUGCUGAGAUUUCUCCAGGCUUUGAUACCACUUCUGAUAUGUGCAUUGAUGAUAACCGAAGAGCGAGCCAGGCAGAAAGUGGAGGAGCCAUGUUUCUAUUAGAUGAUCAGUACAAAGAAGAACCGCUGUCCUUCAGCAGAGUCGACUACAGCCCGGUGUCCCUCACAGAGAGCGAGAAGAGCAGCCACCACAGCCGAAGUGCCUCCCCUAGAGACGAAGACAGAGAGAAAGGCCAAGAGGAAGAGAGUCAGAGAGAAGAAAGAGCAGAUUCACCUUGUGUUGACAAGAGCUAUUUCUCCACAAACAUGCAAGACAACAAAACAUCCCAAGCUGCCGAGUCAUACUCAUUUACUACCAAAGAAGACAAACCUGAAAAAUCAGAGAAAGAGAAAGAAGAAAUGAUGGAAGGAGGUGCUUCAACUUCUCAGAUACAACCAACACAAGAGGGUGACAUUGCUGACAUUCAGCCUGCAGCCAUCUCUUUAAGAGAGGAAACGGUUUCAGCUCUAAGGGGUCACGCAGACCUAGGGGCGACCGGUGGAACAUUUGGAGAAAUCACAGAGAAGGAGAAGACGGAAGAACAGAAAGAAAAGUAUGCUGGGUCAUUCAAAUAUAAAGAGGGAAGUUCUGAUCGUCCGAAGGAGGAAGAUGGCUCUCCAUCUGGUCGGCAUUCACCUGCAGAAAAAGACAUUUUACCUCAACGCAUGUCGUCUUCAGUGAGACAAGAUCCUCCAGUUGAUUCAAGGAGCGGCGCUACAGCCGCAUGUGUGGGAGCUGAUAUCGAUGACAAUGUCCUGGCAUCUGAUUUCAGUAAAAUUAGCAGCUCUGUUCCUUGUAAGUCUUUACAUUUUCCAGAGAGAAAAGAAAUCCUCGUGGACAAAAGGCUGCUGGUAGAGGGAGAGGAUUUCAGUGUUGACGAUGAUGACGAGGAAGACGAAGAGGAGGAAGAAGAGGACAUGUCGAGUGAUAUAGAUAUGGAAAAGGGAGCGAGGGAGCAGUCAGAAAAAGAAAUGUGCCGACGCGGUUCUAAUGACAGCACUAAGUUGGAGGAGACAGAGGACUCAAAUAAAAUGUCCCAGUUGUCUGAAUCAGGUUUCCUCAAAGAGCAGUCAGCCUGUAAAACAACUCCUGAUGUUGGCUCAGCUUCACAAGUCAUAGACAUGGGCAAAACAGAUGGAGGUGACAAACAGGAGAGCACAAUUAGAGACACAACAGCUUCAAAACCUGAGACAAAAAGUCAAGAUUUAGACAGAACACCUAAAACAGAUGAAGGCGGUAUCACAGCAGAAGAUACUCAAAAACAUUCUGAUGAAACAAAAAUAGAACACAAAGACGAAGUAGAUUAUUUAUUUGAUCCGACAACAAGGUCGCCACCUAUAGAUCAUGUUUCAUCUGAAGCGCUAAAGGAAGAUGACACCAACAUUUUACAUCCACCAGAGUCUCAGUUUGUGACAAAAGAAACAACAGAAGCAACAUCUACGAGAACACUGAUAAGCUGCUCUUUGACAUCUGGUCAUUCUGAGGAAAUGCCCAAACCUACAUCUAGUCCUCCGCUUUCUGACAGUGGGCUGAGCAAAUCUGGAGAUUUUUCUGAGGACAGCCAAGUUGGGCUGAAUGUGGAAAAGAAAGAAACCUCUGGCCUCCCAGAUGCCUCUGGACAGUCCGAGUCAAGUGACGUUAGGUAUUUCAGCCAAAGUCGAAAUCUUCAGUGCACAGACGUCAUGACAGAACAUGAAACUACUUCAUCAGAUAUCUCCUACACCACCCUAACAAACUCUUCUUCAACAUACUCCUCUACAUCAUACAGUUACUCAUCUUCUGCCUCAACAUCUGCUCUUUUCAACCAGGAGAAAGUUGCAACUUUACCUCAACCAACUUCUGAGGUAUCUUUGGCCAAGGAGGAACUUCCAUUUAAAGCGGCGUCCACAGGCUCGUGUUUCGGAGGUUUAAAGAGGGACGAAUACCUGGAGGUGAUGACAAAGCCAGCAGGAGAAAUGUCCAAGCCAUCGUCUGUGGACUCAUCUGCCACUCCCAAGAAGCCUGAGGAUCAAGAGCAAAACGCUGAUAUAAAGCAGAGUACUGAGAUAUCAACCUCCAUCCCUGCAACUUCCCAACCAAACAUAAAACCAGUAGCUUUCCCCGACAGUCCAUCUAUAUCAGAAAUUCACUUUGAUGUCUCUCCUCUCCAAAGGGCUGACUCCUCUGACCAGGGGUCCAAGAACAAGGAGCCUGAAACACUUGAACUGGAGGACAGCACCCUGCCAUGCCGCAUUGAAUGUCAAAAAAUCCAAGUGUCUGACCCAAAGGAGGCUUUUUCCUCAAAGACUGAAAUGUAUUCAGCAGAGAGUACAGUUCAGUUCACAGAGGAAAAGACCAUCACCAUCACCUCUACCAGUACCGAGUCUCAACUUGCCGUGACAACAGAAACAACUCAACAUGCAGCCUCAGUAACUCCACCAAGUGACAUUGGAGCCACUCAAACCUCAUGUGCCACAACAGAUUUAAAGGAUAAGACGACAAAAGGAGCUACUGAACAUAUGAAGGAAGACGUCCAUAUAGAGGAAAAAGAAAUAAGUGGAAAAGAUGAAAAGACAGAAACAAUUAGCGACAUAGGCACCAAACAGAAGACAGAAGAGAAGAAACUGGAUGAAAAGACUUGUAAAGAUGGAAGUAUAGAAGAUAGGAAAGAAACAACUGACCCUAAGGUGAGCGAAAACAUAGAAACUGGGAAACAAGUGGAGGCAGAAAAAUGGGAGGACAAAAGCUUCUUAGAGAAGCCAUCAGUGAGGUUAGAAGUAAGGAGAAAGAGCAGCUUAUCAGACUGGGAGCUUUUGCAGAGGCCUGAGGACUAUCCAGGCACCCCUCCACCAGACUACGAUGAUGGAGACGAAGUAGCAGAUGAGGAAACUAAGGAAUGGGGGGCCACUUCUCAUACUACGUCAGACUCUUACCACACAGAAGCACCUAGCAAAGCAGACAUAAAGACUGGUCGUCCCUUUGACCUGAACACUGGAGCAACUUCUUCUGCCUACCCUGAGGCUUACUCGUCCUGCGAGUAUAAACACCGCAAGGGUGAGCUUUCUCCCUCCUUCAUCAACCCCAGUCUUCACCACCUCUCCAGCGACGAGGGUGAAGAGGACGGACACAGUGACCGCUCCCAGGAAGGAGACGAGGACGAGCACGAGCAACACUCAGUGAAAAGGAGGUCGCACAAGCACAGACGCCAUCACGCUCAGAGUCACCAUGGUGAAGCUGGACAGGGGACACACCAGGUGACGGGAGCAAUGUCCUCUGGUUUGGCUGUCACAUUAGCCGGGGAAGAGACGCCUCCGACGUCAGUCAGUGAGUCAUUACCUUCACAGUCAGACUCUGAUGUCCCUCCGGAAACAGAGGAGUGUCCAUCUAUAACUGCUGAGGGAAAUCUGGACUCUGAUGAAGAUGCAGAGCAUCUGCCAGUGGACAAAUCUGCCUCUGGAGUUGGAAGCAGCCACCAUGGAUCUUCACCACGCUCGUCUCAGAAACCCCACGAUCCCCUCCCGGCCCCUAUAAAAGACCCCCUGCCCCAUCCGCCCCAUCCAGAUGUCUGCAUGGUCGACCCAGAGGCUCUUCUCAACGACCACAGCGGCACAGAGAAACUUCUGAAGAAGAAAGGCCUCAGAAAGGGCAAACCAAAGUCAGCCUCUCCUGCUCGUAAGGGUGAUGCCAGGAAGAGGUCUACUACUCCGGUGAAGUCCAAGGACUCCGGCUCACCUCGUUCCGCCUCCCUCAGGAGAAAGGACACAGACAGAAGCUCUAGACUGAUCAAAAUGUCUGAGACGCAAGGCUCGAGGAGUGAGCUCCUGAACCCUGGGAAAGGGUUGGUCAACGGCAUCAAGAGCAGUUCAGGAAACAGCUCCCAGAAAACUAGUACAGCUGUUCCCCCGGGACCGCCCGUGUAUGUAGACCUGGCCUAUGUGCCCAACCACUGCAGUGCCAAGAACGUGGACCAGGAGUUCUUCAAGAGAGUGCGGGCCGCGUACUACGUGGUGAGCGGGAAUGACCCGGGAAGCGGAGAGCCCAGCCGUGGAGUUCUGGAUGCUCUGCUGGAGGGGAAAGCUCAGUGGGGCUCCAAUUUACAGGUGACGGUGAUACCGACUCAUGACACAGAGGUUACCCGGGACUGGUACCAGCAGACCCACGAGAGACAGCAGGACCUAAACAUCAUGGUUCUGGCCUCCAGCAGCACCGUCGUCAUGCAGGACGAGUCGUUCCCCGCCUGCAAGAUCGAGUUCUGAGCUCCAUCCUUCCCCCGACCCACUCCUCCAUCACCACCGCCCGUCUCAUCGUCCGGAUUUUGAGCGAGAGCAAGCAGCGCUCGACGCUCCUUCAAACGCUUCUUACUGUAUCGAUCAGUCGCUGAAAACUCCUAGGCCUGUGAUUUGUAAUAGUUGGGGUUAGCGCGCAAAAUAACGCUUGUGAGUUUCUUCGCUGACCUUGACACGGUUUUUGAGCUUCAAUCCCAUUCAAGAGCAUUUAAAAACCCAACCACUGACAAGCACCGAUUGGAAAUCUGCUCCCCCCCCAAAAAAACACCUUUGAGAUCUAAAUGAAAUCAGAAUUUUCCAACAUGACUUGCUUAAACAGUGACCUGCUAACAGACUGCACAGCCACCGUUACCAUGAACACAUCAUUCAAAGCUCUCUUGUCUCUCCACAACACAACGCAUCCUUUUCCAAUCCAGCUCUCAGCUCAGUAGCAUUUGUAUGAUCUUAAUAACGACACAAAUAGAUGUUUUGUGACUAAAACCGCUCCUACCCGUCCUCUGUGGUUGAAGUUGUAGGAGGUUCCGCCCUCUGUCGGCUCUGUUUGAAACUGUUUUUCUUCUUCUCGGCUUUCACAGCUUAUCCGCUGCAUGAUGCUUGCAUUUGUAGCUCUGAUGGUUUCCGUGAGCUGCGUAGGGUUAAUUCUCUCUUUAGUCAACCCUCGGGCGUUGACAGCUUACUUCAGUCUUCGGCUGUCCGUGCUCAAGUGAACUCGGUGUAGGCGGCAGGCAGAGGAACGCUUCGACGUGAUUCACGUGACGCUUCGUUAAAUCUACGCCGUUGUCUUUGUUGCCGUAUUUCUCCAGUACGCGUUAAGACUUAUUGUUUAUCAGCGCAGUAAAUUUCAAACGAAGUGAGAAGAAGGUGAAACAUUGUCGUCGUCUCCUUAUGUUCAGUCACAUUAAGCCAUUUCUGUCAAUACAACAGCAAAGUGAAUUUAGGGGGACAGGCGGUGACCUGUGACAAAUGUAGCAAAGCUCUUCUGCGCGGCCCCAUCACUGGGAACGAUAUGGCGCUGGAAACUGCAAUAUUUGUAUGAUUGGGUUUAUUUUACGAGAAAAACAAAUGUGUGAAGGGUGCUGUGGGAGGCUGCUCUUACUCUACGUGCCUUUAGGUGGGGCUUUCAGAGAGCGGGGGAUAUUUUAGGGACGUGUCAGCCAUUUUGAAGUAGAGCCACAAACAAGGGCGAGUCAAACCGACACAAUUUUCAAAUAAAAAAAAUGAUUCAACACACACUGAAGCCGCAGUUGGAAAAUAUCGUACGGAGUUGACUGCACACACUUUUCUAAAACAAAAGAGCUGAAGUUUCCAGCCCAUCAUUUACUUUUGAACCCGGGAAAAUCAGGUUGGAUCCACGUCGUCGUGGAGAGGAACGUCAGGCCAAAUACAAACGCACUUUUCUGAAGCGGGAGAGGAGAGUUUAAAUGUUGAGUUUUGUCUGCCGUGGAGGUGCAAGUUGUCAGUGCCGUCACAGGAGAUAAUUCAUUUGUAGAGUCAAAGAAUAUGCAAGAACCAGACCUUCCCUCCCCCCCGACCGUAACGACACGGAGCAAAAUCUGUAGAAAAUAACCGCGUGUUGUAAUUCCCAGGAAAUGUUAUAAAGCCUGAGCAUGAAUGAUUUUUCUGUGGCUUUUGAAAUGCAGGGAUGUGUUAGGUGUAGGACUGUGUGUGUGAGCAUAGGCCGGACAUUUUUAAUUACACUAAAUGAUUUUUCUUCUUUAUAGGCGAUUACAUUUCUGUUAGAGCACUGCAGAUUUCUCAGAAUAGCAUAAUUUUAACGGAUAUGAAAGUUGUUUGGAGAGUUAAAGAGGCAUUUAAUUUUAUUUUUUUGCUUAAAUAAGAAUUACAUUUCAGCCAAUAUUUUUGCCUUCCUUUGUUUAGAUUUUUGUCCUUUUGUCUAUCAUUUGUUGUUGAUUGAUUCAAUCCUGAGCUUUGAACUGGCUCUAGCGUCACCCCGGACAAGCCCCCAAACUCCAUAUAAACAAUUCUGCAAACCCAGUAUUUCAUUUUGUAACCCUCCAGGAAGUAAAAUCAUUGGUGGCGAUAGCCUUGGGCGUCACAAGUUGAAUUUUUAUGCAUCAUGUUUUCCAGAUUUGUCUCAGUCAAAGGGAAUCCUGACGCCAACAAAAGCAUUGGAAGGAUAACUGUCCUCACAAAUGUAAUAAAAAAGUUUCAUGUACCGCAAAUUAUGUUCUUCAAUAGAUUUGAUCAAAGUGUUUUGAAUGACUAUGAUCAAAUAUGAUAACAGGUCUUUUAAAAACAAUGAAUUAACCUUUCAAUUUAAAAACCUGUCACCAACCAACGCCAGAAAGUAUGAGCAACUUUCUGGCGUUGCAUGAACACUACGGGGUCCCCACUCUCCAUUGACUGGAUAAGCAAAUAAGCACAAGAAAACUUUUUUGUUUUUUGUUAUGUGCUUUAGGCAUCCCCACGCCAUAUUACCCUGGGUGGACAGCCACAUCACCCUGAUCAAAAACCUCUGCUGCCAUCAAGAGCUAUUAUUUAAGCAACCUUGUUGUUGUCACAGGCUUUUACAAUUUAUGAACAAGAAACUAUUCUUGGCUUGCAAAUUUUGAAACGACUCCACAGAAGGCAAGGCAUCGUUGCUACCUCAUGCUAGCAGGAUACCAGCGCCAAUUUCUUUUGCUGUAAAACUGGCUCAUGACAGCACUGCACACCUCAUCUUCCAAACCCGUGUGCUCCAUCUGCUGUCCUUUAGUCGUAAAUCAAAGAUGGCUGGUGCAGAAGCUCAUGUCUAUUCAUUGUAACCUUUGUCUCUACUUGUGAUGCUUCAGGAAAAAAAGACAGCUUAUUUUAUCCCGCUGUUGAUGAAUUUGUUAUUUUGAUGCCGGUUGGGGGGGGGGAAAGAAAAAGAAAAAGAAAAAAAAAAAAAGCUGGGAACGCACAAACAAACUGUCUUAGUUUGGAAGGAGCUGGUUUACUGGAGGGCGUAGUGACGGGUCAAAACCAAUACCUGAAUGUCUGAGAAAAGGUCGUUUUCACUGCUUGUUUUGAAAAUGUGGUCAGUUAGGAAGAGAAAGCUGCUUUUUUUUUGUUGUUGUUUUUUUCAAUGCGUGCAUUAGGUAAUAUGGAUGGUUUGAGUUGUUGCAAUGAUUUGUUGUGAAAAUGUUGUGUUUUAAGUUGGCAGAUUCCAAAUACUCGGCCUUGGGGUUCUCCAGGCCGCAAGAGAAUGCUGUGAAAUGCUCAAUAAUGAACUGUUCGCCCUCACAGGAGGUAAAAUGUUCUGCACAGGAGAUCCGUUUCCUUUUUCUGAAUGUAGAGUUGGUACGACCACAUGAAUGCUGCUGGAUUAAAAACAAAAAUGGGCAAAAGAAAAAGGGAAAAAAAAAAAGUUUUUUUCCCCACCAGUUUAGAUAAAAAUUAAAGGUGGACAAUAGAUUUUUUUUUUUCUGGUUCAGGAACAACAAAACCUUUAAACUUGUUUCUUUUCCCACUACAAACAUGUGAACUACACAAAAAUAAAUAACAGAUAAAUAACUGCAGCUGCAACUUUUUCCUGAAUAUGACUUGAAACACAUGCAGACUCCAAACCCAUACAGACGGAAACAGAAGAGCCACAUGGUUCUAUUAACCUUUACAGAUCGCUCCGAACGAACAGACCUGACAGAAAACUAAACUACCCUGUCUUAUGAAACCAACUUCAGUGACAAGCUCAUACAAACUCCUGAAACAACACAAAAAUACCGUCAAGCUACAGAAAGGACGAACAAAGUGCGUCUUUCGGUUCCGGGUCAUGUCCAUAGCUGCGCUAGGAGAUUUCAGAAACAGCAUCUGGUGUCAUCUGUCCAUCUAAUCUCUCUGCAUGUGAUUUAUUUAGUUAUAAUCCUGAAUGUAACUGUUUAACAUGAAGAUAAUAAUAAUAAUUAAAAAAAAAAAAAAGACAGCGCUAUUUUAAAGAGGUAUAUUUGAGAAAAAAAAAUGCUUAUUGUCUUAACUGGUACUGACAUGAAUUACAGUAAUAUAAUCUCGGGCUGUGCUUUUAUUGUUUGCCCUAUAACAUGUUGUUAAGAAGACGCUGUAUUGGUAGUUCUGUUUGAUUCUCUUUCUCUCUCUGUUUUUCUUUUUGGGGAUGCUGGGGGGAUUGCAUUGUAUUAAUCUUGAUUCAGUUUCUUUCUUCCUAUGUGCAAUAUCAAAUAUCUCUCUGUCUCUUUAACUCUGACUGGUAAAACUAGAACUACUGCAGCUCCAUUGUAAAAGGGAAACAGCCUGGUGAUCAUCAAUUAAACUGCAUUGAAAUCUAA